AUGGGUCUUGAAAUUUCAGAAGAAUUCACGCCAAUUACGCCAAUAAGAACCGUUUCUGUUGCAAGAACAUGCAGUACAAGUACUAGCCACGGACCAAAAUUCUGUGAGGCCAAGGAAGAAGAAGCAAACGAGAUUCUCAAUUUUGAUGAAGAUGAUCAGGAGGGUAGUAGUACUCCAAGUACACCAAAGUCACCAACUCAUGUUAUGAAGUCACCAUCGCUGUGCCCACCAGCUCCAAAAAAACCUAGGCCUCCAAAGAGGAAAUUGAGUCCUCCUCCACAAGGGUUCUUUGAGAUUCCAGUACAUGAUUUAGAUUCGGUUUUUAUGGUGCUCCCAACGUGUAAUUCCAAGAAGAUCAGAGCAACUUAA